CUGCAGCCUCGCCAGGAACGCAUUGUUGACAAUUCGCCGGUUCCCUUUGUCCAAUAUUAGUGCUUGCUGCAGGAGAGCAUAUUACCUCGUUCACCACACUGAGCGUACAGUCUGGAGUCACAGGGCAUUUUAUUGUCACUUGGUGGUGCCCCUCUUGUUGACGGACCCCUCCGCACCCCAGACCAAAUAUUGACAUUCGCCUGCCCCAGCCGCCACGACAACGGCCACUCCGACCACAGUCUCGCCCCCAACCAGUGCACACACAACAACCGAAACCAGCAACAACAAACGACAGCGCCGCCGUCGACACACAGCAGCACCACGGCAGAGACAUUGCUUGCGUCCAAUCAAUUAAUCCCCGGUGAACGACCGACAAUUUGACCUUUGCAAACACCCGAUCAGACCGGAGCCCUGCAGCAAGCCCCGAGGCUACCUCACGAUGGAGAACUACCAGAAACUGGAGAAAAUCGGUGAAGGAACCUAUGGUGUCGUCUACAAGGCCCGCGACCUUGCCAACAACGGCCGCAUCGUCGCCCUGAAGAAGAUCCGCCUCGAGGCCGAAGACGAAGGCGUGCCCAGUACCGCCAUCCGCGAAAUCUCCCUGCUCAAGGAGAUGCGCGAUCCCAACAUUGUCCGCCUGUUCAACAUUGUCCAUGCCGACGGUCACAAGCUUUACCUCGUCUUCGAAUUCCUCGACCUCGACCUAAAGAAGUAUAUGGAGGCUCUCCCCGUCAGCGACGGUGGCCGCGGCAAGGCGCUGCCCGAGGGUUCCACCAUCGACCUCGGGCGACUUGGUCUUGGUGAUGCCAUGGUCAAGAAAUUCAUGAGCCAGCUCUGCGAUGGCAUCAAAUACUGCCACAGCCGCCGCAUUCUCCACCGCGAUCUCAAACCUCAGAAUCUGCUCAUCGACCGAGAGGGAAACCUGAAGCUUGCCGAUUUCGGUCUUGCCCGCGCGUUCGGUGUGCCCCUGCGCACGUAUACGCACGAAGUUGUCACGCUGUGGUACCGCGCCCCCGAGAUUUUGCUCGGUGGUCGUCAGUACUCGACGGGCGUCGACAUGUGGUCCGUGGGCUGCAUUUUCGCCGAGAUGUGCACAAGGAAGCCUCUGUUCCCGGGAGAUUCCGAGAUUGACCAGAUUUUCAAGACCUUCAGAUUGCUCGGUACCCCUGGUGAGGAGACAUGGCCAGGCGUCACCUCCUAUCCCGACUACAAGUCCACCUUCCCCAAGUGGCAGCGCGACUACAGCCAUCCUUUGUGCACAAACCUCGAUGAACACGGACUUGAUCUUCUCGAAUUGAUGCUUGCCUAUGACCCAGCAACCCGGAUAUCGGCCAAGCAGGCCUGCAACCACCCCUACUUCGAGGACUAUACUAGGCAACAACAGACACACUACGGCGCCAACGGAUAUGCUUAAAUCACGGAUUUGACGGUAAUCGAGUGAUUAGCAGAUUGCAGCCGCGCGUCACACGUUUUCUGCCAAGACGGAACUGUUUUUUUCGACAUUUCGUGCGACAAUCUUGGUUUUUCUGGAUACUGAGGCACUGCGCUGGGAACACGUGCUCAACGACAACGCCGAGAAGUCGUGGCCAUUCAUGAACGCGCUUGCGCAGCUGCUCCCGAGGACGAUGCGCAUCAAGUUGGCAUGGCGAUCCCGGCUAUCGCCCACGCAACCCACGCAUUCUAUUGGGGGGGGGGGGGGGGG